AUGUCAUCACGGAGAAGUCGAACACAAAGUCGUAGAUUAAGGUAUGAUGAAGAUGCACCAUACGAGGAAGAUGACGGUCAAGCUAACUUCCCGGAGAAAGUAGAGGAGUCCACAUCAGAUGAAGUGACAAGGUGUAUUUGUGGGAGUGACGAACUCCUGGUACCAGAUAAUUCAGGUACGGAUUUUGACGAUGUCGAUCCUGGCUUCUUUAUUCAAUGUGACAAAUGCUCUGUUUGGCAGCAUGGAUACUGUGUUGGAAUAAAGGGUGAAUCGAAUGCACCUGAAAAGUAUUGGUGUGAGAAGUGUCGGCCGGAUCUUCAUUAUUUGUUUGUGGAUAAGUAUGGUAUACAAAGAAGCCAGUAUAAUGCCAAUGGAUAUGAUACUAGAAAGAGACACUCGAAAGCAACUUCUCAAAACGAACCUGAAGUUAACGAAUCAUCUGAGGAGGAGCCUCUUGACAAACACAAAAAGCAACGGACAACUAUCAAUUCAGUGCGUGAUUAUGACUAUGAAGCAAUGCUAAAAAAGGCAUUGGAAGAAAGUGCUAGAGAGAGUGGAGUGCAGCCAGAGAAGGUUGAUGUACCAAACACAAAUGUUCCUCCCUUUAGAAAUACACGGUCUUCAUCUAGACGGCAUUCUCCGAAGUCUGGUGAUGAAAGUUCCACUGGCUCUAAACGGAAUUCUGUAUCUUCCAAUCAUGUGGUCGAUGUUCCAUCAAAAGGAAAGGUGCCUCGGUCCUCUUCUACUGAUCAAAAUGUACCUUCUCUUUCUGCUUCUGAAAACGAAUCAAGUGCUGGAUCUUCCAGAAUGAGAACGGUCAGAAAUUCCAGAAACAGGGCUGCCAAAAGCAGGAAAACUUCGGGCAGUAAAAAUAUGGAUGGUUAUAGAAGUCAUGGUUCCGAGAGCGAUUCUGGAUAUAGGUCCGGCUCAAAAGCAAGACGUACUCAACGCUCAAAGCGUGGCAAGCAUUCUGUGGAGUCGAAAUUGGAGGACGAUCGACCAUUCAGGGCCAACAUUCCUAAUUCGAGAAUUAGUAUUGAAGAGAUGAGACGCCGGAUAUAUUCUAUUAUGGAAUUCAUUUCUAAUAUCAAGGUGGAACUUACAAAUGAUGAGGAUACCAAGAAUAGCAUGAUUGAAAUGCAGAAACAGGAUCCUUCCGGUGAACUUCGGAAGCCCGAAAACCUUGCGCUUCAGAAAAAGUUAAUAGGUUGCUACAACGAUUCUGUUGUACGUCUCAAUUCCUUGACUAAGCAGUUAUCCGACUGGGAGGGCAAAUAUUGCUGA